AUGAGGAUGAUGGGAGCCGCAGAUCUACUCUUCAUCACCGUCAGUCAGAAUAUCUCCUUCAUGGGUACGUUUUUGUAUUUGUAGACGACGUGUUUGUUUCCUGUGUGACGGUGUUUUGACCUUAUUUAGUCUGAAUUCAGACUGCUGUAAUGAUUCAAAUCUUCAAGAUCAACAACUGUGAGGACUUUAGCUAUGAUCAUUAUAUUAAAUCAAUGAGUCAAUCAAACUUCUGCAGAGGUUACACUGAAAACAGACCCUGAAGAAACCAAGUGCAGACAGUGAUGUAGGAAAAUAAGUGAUGGACUUUAUGUGUUCUUAUUUUCUCUCAGUCCCAUGCACAGGGUCAAAUCCUAAAUUCAUGUGGAGAUGGAUUUAUUAAAAAAAGUAGUUUUCAUGUUGGCGAAUGAGGUGUUGCACAGUGACUUGUUUUCCAAAUACAUUUAUUUGGUGUUACCUUGUGCUGUCACAAUAUCAGGUUUUUCUCUCAUGAUUCUCACGGCCUGAAAAUAUCAAAUAAAUCAUAUUUAUUGUGAUAUUUAUGGAAAAUUCCAAAAUAAAACAGCACAAUUAAUCAAGUUAAACAAGAACAUGGAGCUGCUUUAUAAGCUGUACAAAUAAAGGCAAUGCGUCAUAAAUCAACUGUUUUUAUGCUUUUAUUUUGAUAGGAUAUCUGCUUACGUUUAUGGUGUAAAACCAUGCUUUUAUUUAGAAGUUAACUACUUCUUGUAGAUUAUAAAACUAAAUGACAACAGUUGAAAUAACAGUUACAGAUUAAAAAUGAACUUUUUUAUUUUUGAAGUGUCACGUUUUAAAAGUGCUGAGUCAUGUCUCUGUGAAGGUUGCUAAAGCUAGCUUGUUAGCAGCUUCUUCUUCUCCUUCUUCCGUAUCUUUCUCCAUUUUUUACAGUAAAUCGGUAGAAUCCGAGUGAUCGUCCUUUUUGCUGUCACUAUUUGUUGUAAAACAGAGAAGAGAUGAAGAAGCAGCAUCUGCAAGCGAGCUAGCUUUAGCAUCCGUGAAAUAAUGAGACAUUUUUAACCUUUUUUUUUCAACUUUAUGAAAUAAAAAAACUUCUCAAGUUAUUAAUUCGCAGUGGACUGAAACUAAUUAAACCCCACUGCAACAUUUAAACGACUUUAUAUCGCUCACCUACGUUUCUUCCUCAUCCUCUUUCAUAUCUAACCGUAUUUUUUUUUUCACUCAGGUAAAACCUGGUGGACGCUGAUGCUGCUCCUGCGUCUCCUCGUCCUCCUGCUGGCUGGUUUCACCCUCUUUGGCGAUGAGCAGGAGAGAUUUAUCUGCAACACCAUCCAGCCCGGCUGCUCCAACGUUUGUUUCGACCUUUUCGCUCCGGUGUCCGUUUUCCGCCUCUGGCUUUUCCACCUCAUCCUUCUCUGUCUUCCUCACGCUCUGUUCGCCGUCUACGUCAUGCAUAAAGUCACGUCGGGGAUGUAUCCGAGCUUUGGAGGCGUCUUCUACGACAGGAGCCGAGGAGGGUCACCGAUCGAGAACUCGAGCUCCUCUAGAGAACUACCCUUGCAUAAAUCUCCGUGUGAAUGGGGAGCGCCGCGGUUUUACUGCGUGUACCUCCUGGUCGUGGUCGUUCGGAUCCUUCUAGAAGUGGUUUUCGGCGCGGGGCAGUUUCUCCUCUUCGGUUUGUCCAUGCCGAAAAGCUUCCUCUGUUACGAAGCUCCCUGCACCUCCGGGGUCGAAUGCUACAUCUCCAAACCGACAGAGAAGACCCUCAUGCUGAACUUCAUGCUCGGCGUGUCCUCCUUGUCCGUUCUGCUGAGUUUCUUCGACCUGGUGAGCUCCACGAAGGCGAUGGUGAGGUGGCGAAGGAAAAGGGAGAUGCUCCUCGAGGAGAUGAGCAAAGGGGAGCAAAGCAGCGUGUUCACGACCACGAGUACGACUGAAGACAGCGACGCUCUUCUGACCAGAAGAAUCAGCCUGAGUGGAAGUUCAAGAAACGGUUUGAAAGAUGAGAAACACGCCGCCGCCGCUCCAAACGGAGAACCCCCUCACAUGAAAGUAAGCGAAGAAAUGUGUAAAAGCGGCGAAUCCACUCACGACAAAAGGCCAGGAGGCGCAGAAACCAAAGCCGACACUCCCGUACCGACUCACUUUGUCCACCACAGCCAUCUGAGACCUCCGAUGUCUCCUCGUCCUGAUAGGAUACCACCACCGAACGGCAGGGCGACGACACCUAUGGGCGCCAAAAAGCUGGGGCAGCACGCUCCAGGUGUGGCGAACUCUGGGCAGCACUCUGACAGCAGUGACUCUCAGGACAAGAGGGCGUGGGUUUAA